GUGACCAGCUCUGUGGAGUGAAGCAGCCUCAUAGGCGUCUGACACACUCCAGCACAGACAGGUGCACCGCUUCAGUGAUACUCUAACUAUCUACUUAAGUAGACUGGUCUUUGGAAAGAGCUUGAACUAUACCUUUACACAAUAAAGCUUGUUUUUCAAGGAGAUAAAAGUACAGGGGCGCACUGUGCUUUUACGCAUGGAAGUUGGAAUCAGCCUAAUUACAUUUACGCAUGGCUGUGUCUCGUGUCUUCGGAAGAUGUGUCCGGACUUGUAGGAGCUUCUCAGGGCGUCAAGAGCGGGGUAAUAAGUGAGCAACGAUGCGGGGCACUGAGCUGCUGCUCGGUUACUUUCUGGUGAAAGUUAUGGUGUGCGACGCGGAGGGAGAGCCGGGUCAGACGGUCGACGACUUCAUAAUGGUGACCGGGUUUAACGACUCAAAGGAAGGGGAGAUCGGGGUCACGGAGAGCCCGCACAUGGAGGACAAGUGCCGCGGCUACUACGACGUGAUGGGCCAGUGGGAUCCACCGUUCGUGUGCAGGACUGGCAGCUACCUGUACUGCUGCGGCACCUGUGGCUUCAGGUUCUGCUGCGCGUUUAAAAGCUCCCGGCUGGACCAGACCACCUGUAAGAACUACGACACCCCGCCGUGGAUGAUGACAGGAAGACCCCCGCCAAAAGUGGACGUGGCGCUGGAAAAUGCGAAGGAUAAAACCAACCUCAUUGUGUAUGUCAUCUGCGGGGUCGUGGCCAUAAUGGCACUCAUAGGAAUUUUCACCAAGCUAGGUUUGGAAAAGACGCACCGUCCGCACCGAGAAAAUAUGUCAAGAGCUCUUGCACAUGUUAUCCGCCAUCCAGCCUCAGAACAUAACGACGACAUUGGACUUGGCCAGCACUAUGAGAACAUACAAACCAGAGUCACUGUUAACAGUCUCCAUAGCAACCAGAUGAACAACGCGGCUCAGGCAUCAACUUUGAUAACACAGCCUUACCCGGACAUGGGACCAAUCACCAGCCCCUAUGAACAACAGAAACCUGUCAAGGAUCUCAACAAGUACGCCACUCUCAAGGCUGUGGCGGAGAAAGCAAAUGACAGCUUCUACAGCAACCGCCGGCAGUUGAUCGAGAUGACAACCAAGGGCAGCCUUCCCAUGGAAGCUGUGGACAUGGAGCCGGAGCCGAGCAAUCCUUACAGCCCACCCAGACAGAUGUCUGCAAAGCAGAAUGGACACAAGUACAAAAACCCCAAGAGCCACAGCUCCCAGUCACUGCACUACAGCUCCUGCACUGUUGCGAGCCCGGGGGUGCUAAGACCCUGGGAGAGCAAUGACAUGGGACUCCGGCAGAGCUACGGGCCAAAGAAGCUCUGCAUCAUAGAGAAGGAGCUGCACACCACCCGCUACAUGCCUCCACAACCAUACUUUGUCACCAACAGCAAGACAGAAGUGACAGUAUGAAGGACUGUCUAAGCAUCAGGCUUACAAGUAGUCUAAGUUAAAGGAAGGCCGUAGCUGCUGACUGCUGUAAGAAAUCAGCAUGGACUGUAAUAUGUGCAGUUGUGCAUGUGAUGGGCAGCAUUUAAGACGCCACAUUAAGGCGAAAUUGCUCGGUGACAGGACUCGGUAUCAAUCACUGUUCUGCAGGAAGACACAGUGAUGAAGAGGUUGUCUUCUAUAUUUAUAUAAUCCAACUAAAACAAAACACAAAGGUUACAUAACGCAUAUAUGACAUGUGACACAUACAGUGCUGUUGUCAGUAUAUCAAUGGACCAUAACGUUUAAGAAUACUUUAUCUUUUUUUUUUCAAGGUUAAGUUGCCUGUGGUUAUUGGAUACUGAUAAAAUGCUUACAUAGACAUUUUAGAUACUGAAAAUGCCUGGUACUGCUAGUUCGUGGAUCAAGUGCAGUAUCCAGGUUGUGCAUUUAGUUAUUUGAAAUGAAAGUAGUUCUCAGUAUAUGGCACAAGUUAAUCAGGAAGAACAUAUUUGCAGGACAAAUGAGGAUAACUGAUGUUUAAAUCAUACUUUGUUAUACUUCAUUAUCAGCUACAAACUAAUUAGACCCUAAGAUCUCAAUAAUCAUCUCACUCCAAAAUAUUACAUACAUUAGUAUUGUCAUUUUAAAUGUCUAAAGUCAAACUUAAAAACAUGAGCGAUAUCAGUUGGUCACACACAGUUCCAGUGGCCAUGACUUCAUGAUCAGUGACUUCAGUAAGAAUUUAAGUUUGUUUCCAAAAGUUAUCUGUGCUGCAUUCAUUUGGAGUGAUUCAUAAGCUAAGUUAUAGAAUAUAUAUAUAUAUAUAAGAAACAGAAUGUGAAAGUCUUAGUUUUGACCAAAAUUACUCAAAAUCCAUUAAAAAAAAAGUGAAUAAGAAUGUAAUGCCACUUUUCAAAACGUCUAAUUUUGAAUGAAACCUUCCAAGUCACAGCCAUCCCACUGAUGCAUAUAUUUCCGUGAUUACUACUGUACAUGUAGGAGAAGUAGUAUCAGUGUUGAACCAGUGUUGUGUUGGUGUAAUACUGUAGUGCCUCUCAUCAGUACCAGCAUGUGUGUGGUGAUCCUAUAACAUAAUGUAGGUGAAGCCCCAGUAUUAGAACAGUGAUUGGUCUUAGUCACCCAUUACGCCCCCAACAAAAGUCGUGUGAAGUUCAGUGUGAAGAUGGAGGCGCAGUGUUCACAUUACAGUUUAAACUUUCAGCUUCCUAAGAAAUGUAUUUGAUUUAAUUCCAAAUAUCACUUUUGUUAAAUGUAUCUGUAGCGGACAGUCUGAAGCUUGUGGUACAGUUGUAGUUGAAGAGGACACAUUAUACUCAUUUUCAGGUUCAUACUAGUAUUAUAUGUUUUUACUUGGAUAUGUUUACAUCCUUUAUGUUACAUUCACAUGGAAUAAGGGAGACAGUAGACGGCAAACAGACGACACCUUCUGGACAGCACGGGAUAAAAAAAAAAAAUUGCAACAUUAUAGAGGUGAUAGAAAAUUAGGAAGAGCGUAAUAGGUCCCCUCUGAACUUCUGUUAGGAUAAAUGUCAAAAUGUUGGGUUUUUCUCUGUUACUACUCAAAAUUAAACUGUCCUUUGUUUGACUCACAACAACAUACUACAUGAUAAACUGGACCCGCUUUUGUGGUAUUUGAGUCAACUAUUAAAAAGUAUGUUUAAAUAUUGGUCACCACUUCCUAUCUCAGCUAAAUCACCAUAUCAAGAACUAAGUUUAAAAGGACAUCCAUGCCACACUUGGCAAAAAGUUUUAAAUAAGGUUCUCUGGUGCAAUUGAUCAUUUGUUUCACUGAUUUUCCAGCCAAGAAAAUAAACUGUAAAAAGAUCACGUUCACGCCUGCCUGCUAGUCUUACUCACGCGGUCGACUAUUUCAAGCAGCUGAGGACAAGGCAGCACUCAUAGCUGAUACACAAGUGGGAAGUGUAUUUAUGUAUUCUCAAGCCCAAAUCAUAGUUGUUAAUAUUCUCACAGAUGUCCAACCACACUGUAUGCACUAUUUUGCAUAAUAUGUAGAUCCAGUGCAAACUGUGCUGUCACACAGUUAAUGAACAUCGUUAUUUCACGCUAUUUAAACUCAUGUUCAGCUGGAUUUUUAUUCAUGCGAAUUAUAUUGUAUAGUGGAAAUUGUUUUACCUUUUCCUCAAAGAUACUGAAAUCACUGUUACUAAGCUGCACCACACCAUAUUUACACAUGAAGAUCUACUGUAAUACUGCCAGUUAAAGACAUAAUGUGUAUAAUAUGUUUGCUUUACAACAUCUAGAUGUGGCAACACAGCAGCAAUGUUAUAUUGAAAUUUAAAGGAAAGCCCCUAUGAUUACAGGUCUAUUACAGUUCACUAUGAUGGCUAUCUAUUUCUUAUAUCACUGUUAGCUUAUUAUCAGAAUAGGCAUCUGAUUAAAUGACUGUUCUAAUGAAUGUUAUGCGACAUUAUGUACAAUGCAAAGUUGUUUUGGUUAAAGGUGACCUUUUAAAUAUAUUCACAACCUCUGUAUUUCACAGUUCACAGCCGCCAUGCAUUUAUUACAGGAAAUUACUGAGCAUUUAAAUGUUUUCUAUACAUUGUUUGUGCAGUAUUAUAUAAUCCCUGUGUUGCAAGUUUCCUGCAAAAACCUUGAAUCUCUAAAAUGUCACUUUUGUUGUAUUGAAUUUCAUAAAGUUUAAAACCGUUCAAAAAAUACCACAAUACAACUGAAUCAUCAAACCAGUGAUUCAAUUAUGUUGUGGUGUUUUUUUAAACAGUUUGGAAAGGUCCAAGGUUCAUGAAACAUUUUCUGAAUGUGGAAAACCUCUAUGACUGCAUUUUACACUGAUACAAGGUUUCUACAAGACAGUGCACGCCAACGAUGUCAACUUCUUUUUAUGUAUUAGAUACCACCCAAGUGUAGCAUACCUUGUACAAAGGAAAUAGUCAUAGGCAAUGAACAACUGUAGCACAAUGUCAGUAGACUCCGUUUACCUGUGCAGCUUGCACGUAAACAAUAUCAGUAAAGCUACUGUAGCUUUUAGCAUUUUGUAAUUGGUUUAUUCAACUGACUUACCUCUUUCUUUUUAACUAAAAGGAAAACAAACAUUUGGCUGAUGGUAGAAUCUAGUGUGCCAGCGGCAAAAAAAUAAAAAAUAUGAAAGUUGAUGCAUGAAAGCACAAAAACAGAGAAACACAUUCCUUCAGAGGUAAGUUGUCUCUAGCAUUUUGGUGCUUAAUAAAACUUUUUCUCUUGCUUUUUAAAUUCUGA